AUGAGUAGCGCAUCUCAUACUCCUCAUAUAGUAAAGAAAAAAUUUAUUCGUGCUAGUCGAGGCGGUGCAAAAGUUGUUCGGACUUACGCGGUCGAAAAAAUUGUUGGUAUUAAAACAGCAGAGAGCGGACAGAAACUUUAUAAGGUACGGUGGAAAGGUUUUUCUGGUAGUGAAGAUAGCUGGGAGCCGUAUGAAAAUUUGACAGGUGGUUGUGAGAGCUUAAUCCUGGACUAUCAACUCAGUCAGAAGUCGAAAAACGACGAAAAUGAAGGAUACUGUCGACCUUCAACAAGUAGAAGUAACGAUACAUCAGCAAGUUUUACUUACUGCUGUAAAUGUAUGGAAUUCGAAGCGGUUAGGAACAUAACUUUUGUGGUGUUUCAGGAAGACAGUAAUGAAAAAAACAAUCGACAUGCUCAUUGGGAGUACGAGACAGUGGAAGUACUCACACCAGAUGAGUGGAAUCGAUUUGGCGAUUGUGAAAAUCGUGAGCUUGGUAGGCUGUAUAUUCCAGAUCGAAUUCCUACCGAAACUGAAAAGUUACUGUGUAAUCUUGCUCCUGACGUGGGUCGAGUCACGAGAAAUAAGCUAAAAACUGUUAUGAAAACAGAAAGGUCCCCAGUAAACGAAACAUCAUCCAAGACUGAAAAAAAGCAAGCUGCCAAGCAGAGGCGGAGUAGAGGAGUUAGUAGUUCAACAACAAAAUCUAUCGAUGACAUACAGCGAAGUGCAGUGCAAGAAAGAAGCAAAGCCAUAAUAACGGGAAAUACGGAUGGAACACCGCACGACUCUUUGGAGAUGGAACAUCCGGAAUCGGCACUUGCUUUGAAAUCAGAAGUUUCCAGUGAAUUGCUACUAUCAAAUUUUGAUGAAGGGGAGUUACAGAUUGUGGCAGCAGAUACAUCAGUAGACGAUGAUAUAGAUUCUCACAUCAAAAACAACACAUCUUCAAUUUGCAAAAGACAGAGACGUGGAAGCAGAAGAAGAGGUGGAUGUCAGGGACGUGGAAGAGUAAAGCAAACAGCGUUGUCGCUUACCCCAAAUCAAGAUGCUUCUCCGUCAUCCGGUAUAGAAGUUGAGCAGGCAUGUACAGAAAUUGCGGAUGAAAUACCAAAUUUAGUUGUCGAUGAACAUCUGGAUAACGAUGAAAGAAACGAGGUGUUUGUACAAGAAAGUAUUUCAGAAGUAAAAAGUCGCCGAAGAAAAUCUAAAGUCGGAAGAAAACCUGUGAGAGGGAGAAAAAAGCAGUCUGUUAUGCCGCGGGUAGAAGUUUCUUUUAGUAAUCAAGAAAUGUCUGAUAGCGGAAAAAUUGCUGAAGACGAGGAACAAAAGCAGACCAAUGAAACUGUUCUUGUAUCUGAAAACAACGCAUCUGAUAUUGAAGGAACUUUUAACAAAAAUGAAAUAAAAUUAAGUGACGACAAUGAUUCCGAUGAGUUUUUGCACGAUAAUGGAGAUAAACAAGUGCUAGAGAUGUCAGCUGCUGAAAUGCUUAUUUUGGAAACACCAGAGUUACCUAUACCUUUGACAAAAGCUGAUAUUCCUGCUAUAGAUAUGGCUACUCUUCGUCGAGAUCACCAAAAUCGCGAGAAACCUCUACAAACAUUCGAGCAAUUUCGAACCGCAGUUUUGUCAAAUCAACUUUCGUCUGUAAGAUGGACAGGUCGCUGUGUACCUUCUAGACGUGGUUUUGACUUUAAUCAAAAGUAUCGAGGCAAAACGGUAGCAAUAGAGUUGUGCGAAAGGCCUUGUGGUCCAGCUCACGAAAUCGAUGACAUGUUACGGCAGAUUGUGCGUGACGGUGCACGGUUAGAUAUACCAGAUGAUACCAGAGGACGAAUCCCGCUACAUUUUGCCAUAUCUUGCGAAUUUUGGUGUCGUGUCAAGACUCUCCUACAAUUGAGAUCACCGGUAAAUACGGAGGAUAAAGAUAAGAAAACACCACUUCACUUGGCUCUUCUUACUGCUCGUACCUCGCAUUUUGAAGUGACGAAAACAAUAUAUUUACUUCUAGAGUAUGGUGCUGAUGUUAAUGAAGUAAUUAAACGAAUGUCUCCUCAUCGAAACAGGUAUAUUCCAAAUCUUGUCGAACACCAACAUCGUCUUUCGGAAGCCUUUGAUGAGGCAAGGAUGAAGACCUUGGUAGAUAUUACCGUGAAGAGGACACUUCUUCCCAUAACAGUCCGAGCGGUGUGGGAAUUGGAAUCAACGGAUUGGACAACAGAAAUAGGCUUUCAUCAUGAGACUUUCCGGUUCCCCAAUGACCGCUAUGCAUAUAUGAUAUUACUCGCAAUUUUGGAUUAUCGCAGUGCUCGUUAUUGGCGGGUACGUAUGUGGGGCGAUAGUCCUUUUAUCGAUGUGCGAAUGAAUGAGACAGAAGUAGAAUCUUUGACUUAUAAUCCCAAAGGCUUCGUAUAUGUGACCACUCUCAUUAAUGGUUGGAACAAGAUGAAAAUUCAGCUCAGUCCUUGCAUUAAAAAGAAGAAGUGGGUACUUAUGGCGCAGGUACUGCUUGUACAGCUUCACAAACCUGCUGCAUAUAUCCCAAGACCAGCUCUGGAGCUUGCUCCAGAAAGUGGCACCGACUGGAGACAUGAAUAA